GGAAGAAUUAAAGCAGAUCCUUCAAAAUGUGAAUUCUUUAAAGAAGAAAUAAAGAUUUUAGGAAAAUUGGUAUCAGAAAAAGGAAUUAGGGUACCAGAUUCAUAUUUAGAAGCAAUAGAAAAGUGUAAAUGGCCAGAAGGAUUAGAAUCAUAUGGAGGAAGAAUAACCUGGAUAAUGGAUUUUAUACCAGAUGCCCAAGAGGAUUUAGCAGAAAUAAGAAAAGCAAUCAAUGGAGAAACUACAGGAAUAUCUUUAAAUUAUAAACCAGCAAAAGAGGCUUUUGAAAAACUUAAAGAAAAAAUAAAGAGAAGAAUAACUUUAGCUAAGCCAAAUUACAAUAAUAUUAUAAUAUUAUCAUGCAAUGCAGGACCAGAAGCUUUAGGAGCAU